CCAGAAUGAUGGGCUCUUUUUUGUCAUGUAUCCUUCCUUUGUCCCUGCAACCUCUCCCCUUCUUCCCUCAUUCUCAUUUUCUCUCUCCUCUGUUCAACUGAUCGUGACGCAAUAACAAUAUCUCUCAAAUCGAGGAUCUGAUCCAAUAAUAUCCAUCACCCUCUUCUUCUCUUUCAUCAAUUCAUCAUUUCCCACUUCUAGUUUUCCUCAUUUUCCCCUCCAAAUUAUCAACAACCAAGCUUCAGAUCUGCUCAUCUCAAAUAAUGACAUUUUUGGUUCAAUUUUCUUGCUAAAUGUCCAACUUUUGAUCGUUCUUUUUGCUGGAUUUUAAGAAAAAGGAAUUAAAUGAGGUUGGUUUAGUGAAUUUUGGUGAAACAAAGAGUUAAAAGGUGGGAGUUUUAGGAUGUUUCUAUUUGGAGUAAGUUUAAGGUUGCAGUUUCUCUGGGGAUUGAUGAUAAAAGCGGCGUUUUGAUCUGAAUCUUUGUUGGCUGUGAAUUUAAGUGAAUUUGAUUUUAAUUCAAAGUUUGAAGGGAAUGGCAACACAAGUUGAGCCUCCAAAUGGGGUAAGAUGUCCAGGGAAGCAUUACUAUUCAAUGUGGCAAGCUUUGUUUGAGAUUGACACAAAGUAUGUGCCCAUCAAACCGAUUGGUCGAGGAGCAUAUGGAGUUGUUUGCUCCUCCAUUAAUAAAGAGACGAAUGAGAAGGUUGCUAUUAAGAAGAUCCAUAAUGCGUUUGAGAAUCGUGUUGAUGCGCUAAGAACAUUGCGCGAAUUGAAACUUCUUCGGCACCUUAGGCAUGAAAAUGUUAUUGCUUUAAAGGAUGUCAUGUUGCCAGGUCAUCCAAAGAAUUUCAAGGAUGUUUAUCUGGUCUAUGAACUAAUGGACACGGAUCUUCAUCAGAUUAUCAAGUCCUCUCAGGCACUCUCAAAUGAUCAUUGUCAGUACUUCUUGUUUCAGUUGCUGAGGGGUUUGAAGUAUCUUCACUCAGCAAACAUCCUUCACCGGGAUUUGAAGCCGGGUAACCUUCUUAUAAAUGCAAAUUGUGAUCUUAAAAUAUGUGAUUUUGGACUGGCCCGUACAAGUAGUGGGAAGGGUCAAUUUAUGACGGAGUACGUGGUGACACGUUGGUACAGGGCCCCUGAGCUGCUAUUGUGCUGUGACAAGUAUGGAACUUCAAUUGAUGUGUGGUCAGUUGGAUGCAUUUUUGCUGAACUUCUUGGUCGUAAACCUUUGUUCCCGGGUACUGAGUGUUUGAACCAGCUAAAGUUGAUAAGUAAUAUUCUUGGUAGCCAAAGAGAUGCUGAUCUUGAAUUCAUUGACAACCCAAAGGCAAAAAGGUUCAUAAAAUCACUCCCCUAUUCUCCUAGUACUACAUUGUCACGCCUUUACCCAGGUGCACAUCCUUUAGCCAUAGACUUGCUACAAAAGAUGCUUGUAUUUGAUCCAACAAAGAGAAUAAGUGUAACAGAGGCACUUCAACACCCAUAUAUGUCUCCUCUGUAUGACCCUAGAGCUAACCCUCCAGCUCAAUUCCCAAUUGAUCUUGAAAUCGAUGAAGAUUUAGACGAAGAUAUGAUUAGGGAAUCAAUGUGGAAGGAGAUAAUGCAUUACCAUCCAGAAGCUGUCAACGGAAACAUGGACUUUUAAGAAGAAUAUUUAUUUUCGCUACGAGGUUCAUCCUUAAUCACCAUAUAUUAGGUAUCUUUUUCGAGUUUUAUUUACUUUUAUGAUCGUAAUUCGUAAGGAAGCAUGCAAUCAUAGUUUGGGCUAUUGAUGCAUGUAUCAUGUGUUGUGUUUUUGUUGGAUGUUGCUAUGUGAAUUGUACAUAUUCGUGUUUAUGUUUGUUGUAACUUGUAUUACUCCCUUCUCUCCAACCUUUCAUUGUACAUUACCUUGUAUUAUUAUUAAUAUAAUAUAUAAUAUACAUGUUUCGUUCU